UCAUUUCAAAAAUUUGCCAAUUCACCUCUCUCUCUCCCCACGGCCAUUUUUGUUGCUCUCUCUCUCUAUUUCUUUUGCCCAACACUUCUGGAUUUUCACGCACACACACACACAGUAGACAAAGCCAACUCCAUUGUUAAGAGCUUCGAGGGUCGCCAUUGCUGCUGUUCAUUUCCACGAUUGAAGUUCGCUCACAAUCAUCCCCCAAAAGAAUUACUCCCAAGAAUGCCGGAAGCAAGAGAUAGGUUGUCGAGGCAAGAGGACGUUGUAGCCACUUACAGCAAUCUAAGGAGGAGUUUUGGUAGGGGGAAUAUUGGGAGGGUUAAUUCGGUAGCAUUUGUUCUUGAAGAUGAUGGGGAUGAAGGGCAAGCUACUGAAACUCCCUUUCGGUGGAGGGGUACAGCAAUGGUGGGUACACCUGGAAUGGCUUCAAGGAGGGGUAGUAUUGGAACUCCAAGGAUCGGGCGUGUGCCGUACUUGGGUCGACCAUCUCCGCUGACCACCGGGCGAGAAAACGUGUCUCCUUUAGUGGGGACUGGCCGUCGGCGUGGUGGUGGCCGGGGUCGUGGAAGUACUGUUCUGCCUUCUUGGUAUCCAAGAAGACCCCUUCGAGAGAUUACUGCUGUAGUGAGGGCAAUUGAAAGAAGAAGAGCGCAUAGGGAAGAGGGUGAAGGCCUACGACAAACUGAGAGUCCUAUACUCCGGGACAGUAUUCAUGAUCCUUCAGCAUCCACCUCAGCUGUUCAACUCGAACACGACCUUUCCAUGAUCUCCCCACAUCCGACUAUUGGACUUAAAUGCCCUCCAUCGACCAUUGGUAAAGUUCCAAAGAUAUUGCUCAAUAUCACAAAUAACCAGAGUGAUGGAGAUUCCUCCAUGACGCCUCAGAAGAAGCUUUUAGAAAAUAUUGACACGGUCGAGAAAGUGGUGAUGGAGGAGCUUCGUAAGCUGAAGAGGACCCCAUCUGCUAAGAAAGCUGAGAGAGAAAAACGGGUGAAGACAUUGAUGUCCAUGCGCUAAAAUAUUUUGGCCGUUCAUUUCUCAUGUUCAUUAUUUUUGUCCUCAAUCAAGGUUGAGGAGGGGCUUUUAGACGGGAUGUUGAAGGUUGUUGAGUAUCUGGCCUGUUGGGUAUAGUUGAUCAUCUCUUGAUGAUCAGAUUCUUGCUUUGUUGUAGAUCAUCUCUUGAUGAUCAAGCUAUCAAAUAUCAGUAUUGUUUUAGUUUCUAUUGUGAAUAGCCUUAUAAAUCGGCAGAAGUAACUGUGAGCAAGGAUUAGUAGUCAGGAGCAAAUAUGAAGAAUCUGUGAGGCAUUUAUUGACAUUACAUUUGUCCUGGUAUUUGUUACUGGUGAAGUUACAUUUUUUUUUCCUGAGCUGCAAUUGGAAAAGACAGUUUGUUUUCUGCUUGAAUAAUUUCAUGGAAUCAUUUGCUUCUGAAGUCUUCUGAUUAAUGUGUUCAGUGAUAUUUACUUGAUUAAUG